AUGGCAGAUCAGGAGCGCAGAGUGUUCCUCACCGUGGGCACCACCCGCUUCGACGCACUGGUGGAGGCAGUGGACCGUGCGGCCGUCGCGGCCGUGCUGCGCCGGCGCGGGUACACCCACCUGACCAUGCAGAUCGGGGCCGCGGCCUUCCAGGGCUCGCGCCUGCUGCCGGCGGGCGCGAUGCGCGGCGCCCUUCCCGACGGCCUCGUCGUGGAGUGGUUUGACUACAGCCCAUCCCUGGCCGCGCAUGUCGCCGGCGCGGCGCUGGUGGUCAGUCAUGCCGGGGCGGGCAGUGUGUUCGAGGCCCUGGUAGCGGGGGUGCCCGUCGUCGCCGUGCCCAACCCGCAGCUCAUGGACGACCACCAGGCGGAACUUGCCCGGAAGUUGGAAGGCGCGGGCGUGCUGGUGGCGGCGACGCUGGGCACCCUGGAGCAUGUGCUGGCCACCGCGGACUUCCAGGGGCUCGAAUCUUACGUCCCGGGCGACCCCGGGGGCAUGGUGGCGGCCGUGGACUGGCUCAUGGGAGUGGGGAGCGCGGCUGGGAAGAAGUAG